GUGGAAUGUCAGUUGGUAACACCAAAUGAUGUCUUGAUCAUACCGCCAGAGUUAUUUGAGCUGAUAUCAAAUUGCAUCAAAUUUUAUAAGAUAUCAGAGGCCAAAGCAAUGCAGCAGCUUGAUGAGUACAUAGAAUCAUUACAUGAACAAUAUGCCAAAGUAAUAGACAAAGUUCAGGGGAUACACUAGCCAGAAAUAUAAUGUUUAUUAUAGAUGUGUGAAAAUCAUUUAUUCAUUGUCACUUACAUAAAUGAUACCACACACAUCUAAUUGUUAAUCAUGAAGUGUCGAUAAUAUGGUAUGUCUUGGACAAUGAAUUUGAUUAUUAUAGUUGGGAAGACUGAAGUGUUUUGUCUAGAGCAGAAAGAAUGGAUAGACAAAACAAAGAAAGCUGUUAUCCAAUGGAUGCCAACCCAAUAGGACACUGUCUCAUUAUCAACAAUGUUGAGUUCACUGGAGGUAAUCUAGCUGAGAGGGUUGGGAGCAACCAAGAUGCCACCAAACUAGAAGAACUGUUUGGCAAUUUUCUUAAUUUUACGGUAGAAUUGAAGAGGAACGUUACAAAAAAACAGUUAGAAUCAACGUUAAGACACUAUCAACAGAAGGAUCACUCAGAAUUUUGUACUUUCUUUGUCAUUAUACUGAGUCAUGGAGAUGAAGGAAACAUUGUUUAUGCAUCCGAUGGCCAAGCAAUGAAACUUGACGAUAUUUUUCAAUAUUUUUCUGCCAGUAACUGCCUCUCGCUUGGUGAGAAACCAAAAGUUUUCAUUGUUCAAGCAUGUCGUGGGAAUCAGCAUAAUAGAGUGGUAUCGCUCAAUCGACAAGAUAGUGUUGUCUAUGACGGUGGUCCUUCUACUUCUAGUCAAAUUAAAGUACCCAAUGAAGCAGAUACACUUCAUGCAUAUGCUACUAUUAGCAAUCACACUGCUUUAAGAGACACUAGGGAGGGCAGUUGGGGGACAAGAGUUAGUGUAUGUCAUUGA